CGGACGUGGCCCAGCAGUUCCAGUACGCAGUGCGGGUUAUCGGCAGCAACUUCGCCCCGACUGUCGAAAGAGAUGAGUUCCUGGUGGCCGAGAAGAUCAAGAAGGAACUUAUCCGGCAGAGAAGAGAAGCAGACGCUGCGUUAUUCUCGGAGCUCCACAGAAAGCUGCACUCACAGGGAGUUUUGAAGAACAAAUGGUCGAUUCUCUACCUCCUGCUGACCCUGAGUGAGGACCCUCGCAAGCAGCCAGCCAAGGUCUCCAGCUACGCCUCGCUGUUCGCGCAGGCACUGCCGAGAGAUGCCACUUCGACGCCCUACUACAGCGCCCGGCCGCAGACCCUGGCGCUGAGCUACCAGGACCGGAGCACGCAGUCCGCCCCAAGCGCGGGCAGCGCAGGCAGCAGCGGCAUCAGUAGCCUUGGCCUAUGCGCCCUCAACGGCCCGACGCCCACGCCACAGUCUCUCCUUCCAGGACAGUCCCACCAGGCUCCCGGAGUAGGGGAUAGCCUUCGCCAGCAGCUGGGGUCCCGGCUCGCGUGGACUUUAACUGCAAACCAGUCUUCUUCACAAGCCACUGCCUCCAAAGGUGUCCCCAAUGCUGCUUCCCGCCACGUGCCCAGGCCCAGGAGAGAGGGGGACCCCGCUGGUCCCACGGAAGUUACUGAGGCGGCUCUCGUGAGAGACAUCUUGUACGUCUUCCAGGGAAUCGACGGCAGGAACAUCAAGAUGGACAGCGCCGGAAAUGGCUACAAGGUGGAGGGCAAGGCGAACCUCAGCAAACCCCUCCGGGACACGACACUCAGGCUUGCCGAGCUGGGCUGGCUGCACAAUAAGAUCCGGAGGUACACCGACCAGCGCAGUCUGGACCGCUCGUUCGGCCUCGUGGGCCAGAGCUUCUGCGCCGCGCUGCACCAGGAGCUCCAGGAGUACUACCGCCUGCUCUCCGUCCUGCACUCCCAGCUACAGCUUGAGGGUGACCAGGGUGUGAGCUUGGGACUUGAGAGCAGCUUGACGCUGCGGCGCCUCCUGGUGUGGACCUACGACCCCAAAAUCAGGCUGAAGACCCUGGCUGCCCUGGUGGACCACUGUCAAGGAAGGAAAGGAGGCGAGCUGGCCUCUGCGGUCCACGCCUACACGAAGACGGGGGACCCGUACGUGCGGUCCCUGGUGCGGCACAUCCUCAGCCUGGUGUCGCACCCCGUGCUGAGCUUCCUAUUCCGCUGGAUCUACGACGGGGAGCUGGAGGACACGUACCACGAGUUCUUCGUGGCGUCAGACCCGGCGGUGAAGGCGGACCGCCUGUGGCAGGACAAGUACACGCUGCGCACGUCCAUGGUCCCCUCGUUCGUCACCAUGGACCAGUCCCGGAAGGUGCUUCUGAUAGGAAAAUCAAUAAACUUCCUGCACCAAGUCUGUCACGACCAGACGCCCACCGCCAAGAUGAUCACUGUGGCCAAGUCUGCAGAGUCACCCCUGGACGCUGCGGACUUGCUCACAGAUCUAGAAAACGCCUUCCAGGGGAGGAUUGACGCUGCUUAUUUUGAGACCAGCAAAUACCUGUUGGAUGUCCUCAACAAGAAGUACAGCCUACUGGAGCACAUGCAGGCCAUGCGGCGCUACCUGCUCCUCGGCCAGGGCGACUUCAUACGGCACCUGAUGGACCUGCUCAAACCAGAACUCGCCCGUCCAGCUACGACUUUGUACCAACAUAACUUGACCGGAAUUCUCGAAACCGCCGUCAGGGCCACCAACGCGCAGUUUGACAGUCCUGAGAUCCUCCGGAGGCUGGACGUGAGGCUGCUGGAGGUUUCUCCAGGGGACACCGGGUGGGAUGUCUUCAGCCUAGACUACCACGUCGAUGGGCCGAUUGCAACGGUGUUCACACGGGAGUGCAUGAGCCACUACCUGCGGGCGUUCAACUUCCUGUGGAGGGCCAAGCGCAUGGAGUACAUCCUCACCGAUGUCCGCAAGGGGCACAUGUGCAACGCCAAGCUGCUGCGGACCAUGCCAGAACUCGCGGGGGUGCUGCACCAGGGCCACGUCCUGGCCUCUGAGAUGGUCCACUUCAUCCACCAGAUGCAGUACUACAUCACGUUCGAGGUGCUCGAAUGUUCUUGGGAUGAACUCUGGAACAGAGUCCAGCAGGCCCAGGACCUGGACCACAUCAUCGCAGCACACGAGGAGUUCCUGGACACCGUCAUCUCACGGUGUCUGCUGGAUGGUGACUCCAGGGCACUUUUGAACCAGCUUAGAGCUGUGUUUGAUCAAAUCAUCGAACUUCAGAAUGCUCAGGACACGAUUUACAGAGCUGCUCUAGAGGAGUUGCAGAGACGGCUGCAGUUUGAAGAGAGAAAGAAGCGGCGGGAAGUGGAGGGCCAGUGGGGCGUGACGGCGGCGGAGGAGGAGGAGGAGAAGCAGCGGGUCCAGGAGUUCCGGGAGUCCAUACCAAAGAUGUGCUCACAGCUGCGGAUCCUCACUCACUUCUACCAGGGAGUCGUGCAGCAGUUCCUGGUGCUGCUGACCACCAGCUCGGAUGAGAGCCUCCGCUUCCUGAGCUUCCGGCUGGACUUCAACGAGCACUACAAAGCCCGCGAGCCGCGGCUGCGCGUGUCCCUGGGCCCCAGGGGGCGGCGCGGCUCCCACACGUGAGGCCGCCCAGCUCGCGCCGCAAAGGCCCCUCGCCGCCUCGGCCACCACCCCUGCCCGCGAGUGCUCCGCGUCUCAGCCGUGGCAGGCCGUGGGGCCCGGGCCCGCCCCC